AUGAAGAACGUUGCUGUUACUCCCGUUAACGCUUUUUUUCCUGCCAUUUCUAUUCUCGCAUGCUAUUAGCAUCAUUCAUUUAUCCAGCUGUUGCAGUGUUUACAAAGUUUGUAGAACCAUUAAGGACAAAUGACAUAUUUUGAGGUUAAUGAUGAAAUUAUGUGGUUGUUCCAUUUUACUGCUUAUCUUAUUAGAGUAGAGACUCAAAAGUAUUUUUCAAUAAAAUCAGGUAUUUAGCAACUAUCCUUAUCAAUAACUUAAUGGGCAUAGCAUUCACCCGCUAUUAAAAACUAGCAAAUUACAAGAUAUGUCUCAGCAGUGAUAUUAACGUUUUCACUAGUAGCAGUAAUGUGGUUUCAUUAUAAAGAAUUCUUUUGGUAUUAUCACUACUGGGCAUUUUUAUUGAAUUUCCUUUGUUUCAUUUUACUUGCUGUUGCAUCUAGUCUCAGCUCAGUUUCCUCAAUAGAUCUCUAUGUAAAGAUUGUCUAUCAGGUUACAUUAUCUGUAACCUAUACAGCUGUACCCUUCUAUAUUGGAUGGAUCUAUAAUGAUGAGUUAUUUUCCUAUGAUAUGAAGAAGAUAAUGAUACCAGUUUUAGUUAAUGCAGUUCCUUUUAUGCUGAUUACAUUUGAAUUCUUGAUGAAUGCAAUUUAAUUUAGCACAACAUAUUGGUAUAUUCCAACUUCCUUAUGCUUCUUAUAUAUUAUGGUCGAUUUCAUUAGAACUAGGAUUACAAAAGUUAAUUUGGUAUCAACUCUGACUUGGACUGGAAAUGAGUCGAUUAUUUUCGCAACUUUACUAGUAAUACUUCAAUACUUUAUAUUUUUGGUAUUCAGCAAGGUAUCAAGUGGUAAAUCUAUAAAUGGAGCAUCAAGAUUUACUUGA